GCAGCGAGAGGCAGGAGGGAAGGCAGAGGACGGGCCCACGGUGGGGACUGUCAAGCCUGGAUCCGGACGGUGGAGACCAGGCCCCCCUCAGGGGCCUCUGGGUAGGGUCCCUGGUCUCAGGGUCAGGAGGCCUGGGCCAGCCGCUGCCCUUCUCUGGGCCUCGCUUUCCGCCUGUGAAACGGGCAGGGGCCGGGUGGAAGCUCUCCCCAGUCCCUUGCAGUGUGUGCGGAGAGAGGUGCUGCGGAGCCCAAGCUGAGGGCACAAGGCCCUGCCCUCAGGUGUGUGGGGCUGGGGGGCUGGUCUGCGGGGGAGGGAUAGCCCCUCUGUGCAGGGUCUCCCCGCCCUGAGCUCAGAGUGGAGAGGCCUGCCGAAGAGCACGUCCCCUGCGGGCCUGGAGGAGCUGGGCAGGAGAACGUUUUAGACUGGGGAAGGGGUGGUCUGGAAGGCAGGCUUCUCAGGAGGUGGGCGUGAGGAGGCAGCUGGUGGAGGGGCGGGCAGAGCAGGGCAGAGCGGCAGGAAGUGGGCCGGGCACCUGCGUCCACACACGCUGGGGGUCGCCCGGUCGGCGUGGGUGCGGUGCGUGUGAAGGUGCCUUCCCACGAGCGUGCUGGGCAGGAGCCAGGGCAGAGGCGCUGACCGCAGCCACUGGGAGCUCAGCCCCAGGAAAGGCUCAGGACUCUGCGGAGUCAGUCUGGGAGAGGACGCCUUCCUCCCGGGGAGGGCUCUGGUCCUUCUAGCACAGGUUGUUUCAGAACAAAUGCUCUGUGUCAGCGAGCACGCUGGUUCUCUGGAGGUGUUGAAGCUGGCGGCCACUGGCACCCCGCUUCCUCUCCCAGAAAUUCCCCCAGGCAGCCCUGGGCUGGGGCUGGCGCAGGCGAUGGGGAGUCCCGUCACCCCCGCUCUGCUGUCAUCACCCGCCCACCGCCUGCCUGCCUUAAGGACGGGUGGCCCAGGGGGCUGGCUCACUCCAGCCCAGCUUCCCCACCACUUCUCAGGCAGCCCCUGCACAGGCUUCCACAGGUCAGGGGGCAGAUGGCUCCUCUGGGAAAACUGAGGCUGACUGCAGGUCUGUGCCAACUGUGGGACCAGGGGUCUCAGCAGGGAGGGCUGUGAGGGGGGUUUGCACCCCAGCGGAGUGUCCGGAUGGACAUGAGUGUGGUCAGCAGUGCAGAGAAACUUGGGGUGUCUCCUGGGGCCUGGGCCCCCUCCUCCUUCGUCUCCGAAGUCUCUCCGUGGGCUGCGACCAGCACGUGAAGCUGGAGGAGGGAGUGUCUGAGCGCUGCGUUCCUAGCACAGUGAGCGCUGCUCUGGGAAACUCGCUUCACUCACACACCCCUGUCCUGGAUCCUGGGCGAUUUUGAAAGUGGGGUCCCAGCUCUGGAGGUCUCUAUUGUGCCUGGGCGACGAGUCUGCACCCCACUCUGCCUCAGAUCCCAUUUAGGGAGUCUGCCGGGUUCCCAGGGAGCAGGGUGCAGGCAGGGCCGACCAGACAGCAGAGGGCUGGCUGGAGGCUGCCGUGUGCUCACAUCUCCCAAAGGCGACCGGACGUCUCUUCAGCUGAUGGCAUGGUUAUCUCAGUGCGGAAUCAGAGGGUGGCUUCCGAUCUCCGCUUGAGACAGCAGACUGAUCUCACCAUCAGCAGGAAGCGGUGCCCCUGAGGUGCUGCUACCCCUCCAGGGACAGCCUCCCCGGCAGGAAGCGGCCCCGGGCAGCGGAGUGCUCUGAGCACUGGCCGGGCCAGGCUGCAGGGGGCCCCAGGCAGCCUAGAGCAUUCUGCAGAGCAAAUGUUGGAGGUGACGGGUCUGCACACCUGAGCAGGACGCUGCUGGGCUCCGUGUCCUGGAUGCGGGACCCCGUGCCGGUGCCCGGCGCUGGCAGGGACCUGAGCUGGUUGCCGUGGCUUCUGGGGACCCCCUGCUAUUUGAUAUGGACCUUGGGAUUUGGCUUCCCAAACACUUUUGGGAGGCACCCCAAAGGACAGAGGUGAGACCCCACGGACGGGUAUCACUUCAAAGUCUCCUGAGCACCUUAAGAUGCGUGCAAAUUGGGUGCCCUUCUCCCUGAUGAUUAGGAGUUUGUUUUAUUAUAAAAGGAAAUUUUAAAGACUGCAGUUAGUUUUUUUAACUUUCCCUCACAAAAUAUCAAGCUAGACUGAAAGUUGCCCCCCUGGGGGUUGGGGACCAGGGCCCAGCCCCAAUCAGCUGGCUGGGUGGGGGGCAUCAGGGGAGGGGCCAGGCCUGCUGCUCAUGCAGAAGGGGCUGCAGUCGUCCGCUGUGGCGGGCACCGCUGACCAGGGCGGUGAGGGGCCGUGUGGGUGCUUCUGACCAGGACAUGGUGGAGGACGCCCAGUUCCACCCCGAGGCCGGCUCUGAGCCGUUGGUCUGGGCCUGGAGGGGCGGGGCUGCCCUCAUGGUCCUGACCAUCGGGAGCGCAAGAGGCAUUCCUGGCCCCAGAUGGGGCUCAGGCCAAUUUAAGUGGGACCUCAGGGCAGAGGACUGUGGUAGCCAUGCUCUCUGAGGGACAGAGUGAGGCAGGCCAGUGCCCGGAGGGGCCCCAGCCACCCCGCCUCUGGUGGGGGUGACGGGCAGCUCUCAGCCUGGCAGUGGGGGGAGGCAGGAGGGAGACCAGAGUUCUGCACUUUGCCGGAGGGCGGGCUGGCUGAGCCACAACCCCUGCUGUCCUGGACCGCAGCAGCCAGUGGCCAGGUGGGGGACAGGCCAAUGCCCGCUGAGGUAUGGGUGUGGGUCAGACGCAGGUACCUCCUGUAGCCGGUUUGGGGACGGGGUGGAGGGGGCCACGGGCCGCCCUGGGCUUUGUCCUGAGCCUCUGAGUCCUCCCUGGUGAGGAUGGCACUGGGGCUGGUGUGAGACUGGCCACCCUCUGGGCCACCUGUCCCGAGAGAUGGUGGAGUUGGCACAGCGGGGCCUGGAGGUGGACAGUGAGCACCUGCCUUGCUUUCUGACCAGCAGCAAACAGAUCCCUGGAGAGGAGGGCUGGGGGAGGGACGGAGAUCUGGUUCCAGUCCAGGGCUGGCUCACUGCCUCCUUGCCUCCGCAGGCCUCUGAAGGCCUUGGUUUUCCCACCGUCCAGCAGGCAGGGCAGGGUGACCUGGAGGGUGCCUCGGGGCUCCUGGCAAUUUCCGUGACUUCUCAGGGAAGGUGGAGUUUGGGCUCCUGAAUGUGGGUGGGGCGCACCUCUUGCAUCCCUGGCCAGAGGCGGGUGGGGCCUGGCCGCCCAGGCUCCCCUCGCUGCUGCCGCCUCACGCCCGCCCCCUCCUGCAGCCCCAGGACCAUGAACAACAGCACCUGCGGCCAGGAGAAGCCUGGCAGCGCCCAGGUCCUCUACACCUACACGGGCGCGCUCCUCGUGCUGGGCCUGCUGCUCAACAUCUGGGCGCUCUGGGUGCUGUGCCACCGCCUGCAGCGGUGGACGGAGACCCGCGUCUACAUGGCCAACCUGGCCGUGGCCGACCUCUGCCUGCUCUGCGCCCUGCCCUUCUUCCUACACUCCCUGAAGAGGAAAAGCCCCACGGACACGCUGCUCUGCCAGCUCUCCCAGGGCGUCUACCUGGUCAACAGGUACAUGAGCAUCAGCCUGGUGAUGGCCAUCGCCCUGGACCGCUACGUGGCCGUGCGGCACCCGCUGCGCGCCCGCGCGCUCCGCUCCCCGCGGCGGGCCGUGGCCGUGUGCGCGGCGCUCUGGGCACUGGUGGUCGGCUCCCUGGUGCUUCGCUGGUUCCUGGGGAGGCAGGAGGGCGGCUUCUGCUUCUCCAACAGCUCCCGGCAGAGCUCCUACACCACCGUCUUCUCGCUGCUGGGCUUCUACCUGCCGCUGGCCGUGCUGGUCUUCUGCUCCCUGCAGGUGGUGGCCGCCCUGGCCCCGAAGCCAGCGGCUGACACGGGCCAGGUGGAGUCCACCCAGAAGGCCACCCGCAUGGUCUGGGCGAACCUGGUGGUGUUCGUGGUCUGCUUCCUGCCCUUUCACGUGGUGCUGACUGUGCAGGUGGCCACGGGCCUGCACUCCUGCGCCCUCCGCCUCGCCCUCGACGUCACUAGCAAACUCUCGUACGCCAACUGCUGCCUGGACGCUGUCUGCUACUACUACAUGGCCAAGGAGUUCCAGGAGGCGUCUGCGCUGGCCACGCCCCCCAGUGCCAAGGCCCGUAAGAGCCAGGAGUCUCUGUGUGUGACCCUGGCCUAGGAGAGGAGCCACAGGCUCCCGGGAAGUGCUGCCCACCGGGGGAGCCCGCGACCAGCAGCAAGGAGCCCCGGGAUCAGCCCUGACCUCACUGUGCGCUGUGGGCACUCUCAGGAGUCCCAUGUGGUCAGGACAAUCCAGGCGUGGAGCUUGGGGAGGUGACACCCCCACCCCUGGGGUAGAGAAGGGACAGCGAUGAGGGCAGGAGGACUGGGGCCUGAGCACGGCCAACCCUAGGGACCCCUGGACGGGGCUGCACACCUGUUGUGCCUAGAACUGGGUUCACCUGCGGCACAGGGGCGGGUGCCUGCUGGGGGCCGUGAGACCCACAGGGCCAGAAUAAAGCUCUUCUCCUGGGCUGUGUGCGGGCCA